AGAAGUGCCCGUGCAUUCUCGAUUGUCAAAUCAUCAUCAGCCCUUUGUCGCAUUCGAUGCCCCUCGCGACCGUUGCCACGCUGUCCUAGAUUUCUCGUUAUCUUUCCACAAUGCCUCCCUCAUCAAAGCGAUCACAGAGAACUCGACGAGAGUUGCGCAGCGAUGCAAGCGACCGUCCCGACGACUCCUCCCCUUCAAGGCCGCCGAAGCGCAGAAAGAAGGCCGACGACGUACCUCCCGAACCAGCUGAGGAAGAGAGCUCCAGCAUAUUGGCGGAUCAAUCCGGUCUCACCCUGGCCGAUGACGAUCAAAUCGUCACCCGAGUAACUCAGCAUCUUCUCACUCCACCGGAUCAGCUGGUCAAGGCAAGCGGCGACCAUUCCAAUAGCCUCCACGAAUCGAACAAGGACGGCGUCAAAGCCUACGCCAAGAUCUCAGCCCAGGACUGGACGUACUAUGUCACCACUCUCAAGGUCAAUAUCGGCCGUUCCUCCGACCCGCCCCGAGCCGAUCAAGAUCAGGAGGAUGGAGAAGAGACGGUUCAGAUUGACCUCGGCCCGAGUAAGCUGAUUUCGCGCCAGCAUGCCCUCAUCUACUUCCACAACAAGGAAGAAAAGUGGUACCUGCUCGUCAACGGUCGCAAUGCGCUCAAGGUCGACGGGACUUCCUGGAGGCAGGGACAGUCAGGCCCCUUGAGCAGUGGCGAGGUCAUCGAGGUUGGAGGCAUCGAGAUGAUGUUUGUUCUGCCAAUCGAGCUCAGCCCCCUCAACGUCCACGAACAGUAUCUACAGCGCGCCGGAAUCACGAAGCCAGAGGCCUCGAGCAGCGCGCGCCCGGUGCGACACCCUCUCCCCUCUGGAGACAGUCCGACUCUACAAUCAAGCCCUCAGGGCAAACCCGCACGCGGUCAGGCUUUCCAGAAACCUCUCGCGCCCGCACCCCCACACUACAAGCGACCGGGUACACCCCCUUCGGCCAGCAGUCGCACCGUGGUCGAGCAGGCGAAGUCUCCCCAUCUUGAUCGCACGGGGCCGAUGCUCAUGAACCCUAACGAUGUUGACCUCAGCCUGGAUUCGAACAAGCACAUCAAGCCCCAGUACAGCUACGCACAAAUGAUAACUCAGGCCAUUCUCAACACUGACGAGGAGAAAUUGAACCUCAAUGGCAUUUACAACUUCAUCAUGAAUAACUAUUCUUACUACAAGCAUCAACCCGCGUCGGGCUGGCAGAACUCGAUCCGCCACAAUCUCUCUCUCAACAAGGCUUUUGAGAAGGUGGCUCGGUCUACAGACGAACCUGGCAAGGGAAUGAAAUGGCAACUGGUUCCAGAGGUUCGGGACGACAUGAUCAGGAGCGCUUAUAGGGGUGGCCGUGGUGGCCAUCGCGGCUCUUCGAACCCAUCCUCGCCCAGCCAGCUAAACUACAUCACUCAGAGUCCGAGAGACAUGACGGGUAGGGGAGAUCCGAUGUCGGCACGGAAGCGAAAGGUCUCGCCGUCUGGAUCGCCACAGCCCCGCUCGGCCCUUCGCAACUCCCACCUGACUCCAGUCCGGGGUUCGCGGAAGCCGCUCCCUCACGAUGCUGGUAUCGGUGCAGAUGGUAGCCCUCUGCCGCGCCUUCGCAAGACAGCUGCGUCCGAGGUCCGCCUCGGCGAUAACCCGCCCGCCUCACCUACCCUGACCUCGUCUUAUCUUCAAGAAGACGGAGCCUCGUUCGUCACGCCGGCGCCCCACCGUGUGCAUCCCAAACUUGCCCCCCCGAGCACUGCCCAACGGCCGAGUCAGCACAUGCCCACCAGCUCACCAGCGCCAUUCUGGAAGUAUGCGGACAUCGGAAGCACGCCACUGAAGCCGGCGCAGUUUGAUCUCAGCCCAUCAAAAGCCCUCGGGAACCUGCCUGCUAGCAGCAGCCCACCACCAGCCUCUGGCAAGUCGCCGGUCGCGAGCCCAACGAGGGCGGGACGUGAGGAAACUCAAGAAGCCCCCUCAACCGCAGAUCCUGAUGAGGACCGUGGCUUUGACCUUACAAAGGGUUUCCAAAGCAUUGGCUCGUACCACGCGCCGGUCGGGAUUGGCCAAGAGGUCAAGCCAGCCACGAACGGCGGUACGACGAGGACCAACGGAAACGCCUAAAUUUGACUCGCUCUUCUGGUAUCCUUUGCCAGAGACCGACUAGCGGGGUUUGACUUUGUCAAAUGCAAGCUUGUCCUACCGUUUAAGUGAUCUCGGUUGCAAGACAGGAUGGGGGGAAAGCAAUGGUCCAAUCAUUCGUUCGAAGACACCUGUCUAGGUAUUUACGGUUUAGGCAGCUCUUGAGCUGCUCGCCGUCCACGUCGAAUGCCGGGCUUUGGUUCUGCAAGCGAUUUUUUUUGCCCCUAACCCUCAUUUUUCUCUCUCUCUCCCUU